GUUUACGGCUUUCUAAGGGGGUAGAGCGAAAGUGGGAGAAACCGACAGUAUCAGUGGAAGAAUGUCCUUUCUUGGGUCUUCGUUGGUGAGCAUGUUAUGAAUGAAUUAGUUGCAGUUCCUUGGCGAGGGAGCACCCAAGAGGAAUCACUCUGUCAACUUUGUGUGACACGUUUAUCUUUCAACUGUCUUCGACAGACUGUCGUCUGCUUUCACCUGUAGUGGCUCAAUGCUGGCUCUAGGGAAAUCAACACUACAGCAGACAUUGUCUCGGUUGCUGUCAACAGCAGCAUCUGGCAAGUUUCAGAAAAUGAGCCCUUUGCAAGAUAAUUUGCCUGAAGAUCAAUGCAUUCUAGUUGAUGAGCAUGACACUGUUACCGGAGCAGAAUGUAAAAGUAAAGUCCAUACUGUGAAUGCAGACGGACAACUAUUAUUACAUCGGGCAUUUAGUGUUUUCUUGUUCAACUCAAAAGGCGAUUUGCUUCUUCAGAAGAGAGCAUCCUGCAAGGUUACAUACCCAGAUUACUAUACUAAUACCUGUUGUAGUCAUCCAUUGGCAACCAUUUCCAAUGAAUGCAUUGAGAAGGAUGCUCUUGGAAUACGACACGCUGCUCAGCGCCGUCUGCAAAUAGAACUUGGGAUUCCACCGGAGCAGGCCAAACCAGAAGAAUUUAAAUAUCUCACUCGAAUUCACUACAAAGACAGCGGUGAUGGCAAAUUUGGAGAGCAUGAAAUCGACUACAUUCUCUUCUUACAGAAGGAUGUUACUUACAAUUUAAACCCUGAUGAAGUAAGCGAGGUAAAAUACGUAAAACGGGAGGACUUUAAAAACUUCCUCUCUGAUGUGAAGGAACCAAUCACUCCUUGGUUCGCUCUUAUUGCCAAAAACCAACUACCAACAUGGUGGGACAAUUUGCAUCAACUUGAAAAAUUUUAUGACCAUGGAAAAAUUUACAGAUAUACUUAAGUCUAAGAUACAUUUUUCCCUUUUUGUUUAAUAUUUGUAUUUCCUGUUCCAAUUUUGAAGGAAUUUUCCUUGUCUCCACUUGGAACGUUUUCUCUGUAAAAGUUAAGAAAUUUGUCUUCCAUUGUUUUGUUAUGUUUUGUUAUGCAGUAAAAACACCAAUGGCUUAACUUUUUGAUUUUUUUUGGAGUCUUGUUUUAUUUAUAAUUGAAAUGCCUUUAUCAACUGAUUUUAAGUUUUGAUAAAAGUUAUGAAUCAUUUUCUCAUUUUUAUUAUCUUGCUGUCUCAAAGAGUGGUAAACCAUGUUACUUUAGGAACUUUUAAAAUUUGUCUUAUGUUUCAUUUGUUGAUAACUUACUGCAAAUAGAAGACUGAUGAUGUUGACUUAUUUUUAUGGUGGUAGAAGUAUUAGAUACCUUUUCUUACAUCAUUUUAACUUUGAAGAUUUUAUUAAUGUUAGAAAUGUACUUGAAGACUGUGCUUGCUGGUCAAAUACACUAGGUUUUGAAACUCUCUUUACUUUCUAUUAAAUCAGUCACAUCUGUUCAAUGUUUUGAUUUAGGAGCUGCUUACUCUGACUCUGCAAGGCAUGGUGGAAAGGGAAUUCAUCUCAUGUCUUUAUUUAGUUUUAGACGCUUUAGAAUUUUGUCACUUUUAGUAGAAAGCAAAGGAAAAUAAAAAGACAGCCCUACUGACCACA